AGUAAGUGGAUAGUGCGUUUCCCGAGGGCAGCACUUCACCUGAUGGUCGUCUUCUAGGCGGAGAAGCCAGGGUAAAUCCAUUUGAUUUCCCUAUCACACAGUGCCUUUCCCAUGAUGAGUUCAAAGCUUUAAGUUCAUCCAGUUCUGUCCAGACGCGAUGUUCACCUCCAACAGGCCCACUGGAGACGCGAGUUUUCCAAAGCCUGGCACGGCCCACUGCACGUCACGCCCUCAGACCUCUGGCGUCCACCCUUCCUCCCUACCCAACUCCGGAACCUCUUCCGCGCCCCGCGCGGGUGCCAGGCGGCAGCGGUAGAGUCGCACCGCCUCACGCGCAGCCCCGCCUCGGUCUCCACGUGACCUGGCCCGCGGAGCGCGCACACGGGGGCCCGCGCUGGAGGCGGGCGAGGGCCGACCGGCCAACAAGGGGUCUCUGGCUUGGGAAGGGCGGGGCCACGCCACAGGUCCGCCCCCAUCAUCAGCUGCCUCCGCGCGCCAAAAUCAAACCUCCACACCCGCCAGCGGGCCGACGAGCUCACUAGAGGACCGGGCAGGUCAAGAUCUGUCUCCGCGGCGCCGCGAGCUCCAGCACGCGCAUCUGUGGCUGCCUCCCUGGUCUCUCUGCAUGACGCGCUCCAGGCCGACACAAGACUAGGAAUGGCCACCCCGCCCAAGAGAAGCUGCCCAUCUGUCUCAGCCAGCUCUGAGGGGACCCGCAUCAAGAAAAUCUCCAUCGAAGGGAACAUCGCUGCAGGGAAGUCAACAUUUGUAAAUAUCCUGAAAAAAGUGUGUGAAGAUUGGGAAGUGGUUCCUGAACCUGUUGCUAGAUGGUGCAAUGUCCAUAGUACUCAAGAUGAAUUUGAGGAACUUACAACGUCUCAGAAAAAUGGUGGGAAUGUUCUUCAGAUGAUGUAUGAGAAACCAGAACGAUGGUCUUUUACCUUCCAAACAUAUGCCUGUCUCAGUCGAAUAAGAGCUCAGCUUGCCUCUCUCAAUGGCAAGCUCAAAGAUGCAGAGAAACCAGUAUUAUUUUUUGAACGAUCUGUGUAUAGUGAUAGGUAUAUUUUUGCAUCUAAUUUGUAUGAAUCUGAAUGCAUGAAUGAAACAGAGUGGACAAUUUAUCAAGACUGGCAUGACUGGACGAAUAACCAGUUUGGCCAAAGCCUUGAACUGGAUGGAAUCAUUUAUCUUCGAGCCACUCCAGAGAAAUGCUUACAUAGAAUGUAUUUACGGGGAAGAAAUGAAGAGCAAGGCAUUCCUCUUGAAUAUUUAGAGAAGCUUCAUCAUAAACAUGAAAGCUGGCUCCUGCAUAGAACAUUGAAAACCAACUUCAAUUAUCUUCAAGAGGUGCCUAUCUUAACACUGGAUGUUAAUGAAGACUUUAAAGACAAAUAUGAAAGUCUGGUUGAAAAGGUCAAAGAAUUUUUGAGUACUUUGUGAUCUUGCUGAAGACUGCAGGCAGCCAAAUGGUUCCAGACACUUCAGCUUUGUAUAUCUUCCUAACUUCAUAUUAAUACAAGUUUGUUUAGAAAACCCAAGUUUUUAACCAUCUUUGUUCUAAGGAAAAAAAAAAGAUUUUAAAAUGAAUCUUACGCAAAGCUUUUUGACCAGUUUCUCUUCUUGUCUUUAAAAAAAAAAAAAAAAGACAUUUAAAGACAAAUACAUUAUUUCUCACAGCAGGAAGUGUAGCGGUAGAUGGUUCCAGCAUCAGUUUAGUGGCUAAACUACAUUAUAAAAGAUCCAGCUUCCUUCUAUUUUGCCCCUCUUUAGUCUUCCUUGGCAGGUUAGCUUUUUUCCCUGGUGUGUCUCACCUCACUGGUAACAAGUUUCUUAACUGAAGGCUUUAAUGUUGCACAGUAAUUGGUAGUGUGCCCUGUGUAAAUUAGUGUACCUAUUAAAACUUGCAAAGUGGAAUUAAAGGAAUCCCUAGAAUAAGGAUUCUAAAGUUUUAUUUUAAAUGAUUAUUUCUUAGCAGUUUAGCCCACCUCUUACUUCCUGCCUCAGUUUGCUUUCUCCACUGUCUGGAUUAAUUAGAUAGCCUGCUAUUUCAAAGUUAAAAUAAAAGUCACACAUUUCUACUUUGCAAACACUAUGUUACUGUUUUCUUUGUAGUUUGCUUUGCUUUGUAGGGUUCUGCUUUAAGUUUUUUCUCUUUUUCAGAGAAAUUACUGAUAAAAAACGAUUCUGCUUUAUAUCUAAUAUAUCCUGAAAGCAUUAUUGUUUUUUGUUGAACUAGGAAAUAAAAUUAAUGAAGAAAGACAGAGGUUAGUAGUUAAUUGAGACAUUUAACUACUUAUCUCUAAACCAUCUAUGUGAACAUUUGUAAAUAGUAUUUUUUUUCCAGGCAGUCUUGUAAAAACUUGCAUGGAUUCAUCUUAGUUCUGUAUAUAAAGAUAUUUUCGGCCGGGCGCGGUGGCUCAUGCCUGUAAUCCAGCACUUUGGGAGGCCGAGGCGGGUGGAUCACGAGGUCAAGAUAUCUAGACCAUCCUGGUCAACGUGGUGAAACCCCGUCUCUACUAAAAAUACAAAAAAUUAGCUGGGCAUGGUGGCGCGUGCCUGUAAUCCCAGCUACUCAGGAGGCUGAGGCAGGAGAAUUGCCUGAACCCAAGAGGCGGAGGUUGCUGUGAGCUGAGAUCGCGCCAUUGCACUCCAGCCUGGGUAACAAGAGCGAAACUCCGUCUCAAAAAAUAAAAAUAAAACAUAAAAAAAUAUAAAGAUAUUUUCUUUCUAGUUAGUUUAGUUAAGGUGUGCGUGUUUUUCCUGUGUAUUAAAACUCUCCAUUUUACGUUUUAGAAAAUUAUAUGCAUUUUAAAAUGAGGAGAAGAGUCACUUUCACUUUGAAACUAUUAUUUUUCUUUCCAAAAUGUCAUUUUUGUUUUGGUUUCUUAUUCAAAAUGAUAAUUUAGUGGAUUAACCAGUCCAGAUGCACUGAUCUUUGCAAAGGGGACUUAAUUUCAAAUCUGUAAUUACCGUACAUAUUUAAACUGUCUCAUGAUACAUAUACAAUUUUUUUGUUUGAUAUAAAUGAAUGUGUCUACUUAAUUAAAUAUUUCUUAAUAAGUAUAAACCUCAUGUACUACAGUGGACCUGCUUUCAUGGAAAUUGUUACAUCUUUUCAGAAUUAAAAUUUAUUCUAUUUUUAAAGAAAAAAUUAUGAAUAUUAAAGGUGAAAAUUAUCUGUACAAAUUACAUUGAUUCUAAGUGUAGACAUAUUUCAUUGAUUUUUAUUAACCUUUAAAAAUGUGUAAUGACUUUAAAAAUGUGUAGAAUUGAAAAGAAGCUAAUAAAAAUUUAUUAUUUAUUUGUCAUGACUCAGAAGUUAUCUCAGUGUGUUGGUCAUAAGAGAAUCGAGCCUAGUGGUGGUCUGCAUUAUCUCUUGGGUCUCUUACCUAUAUCAUGUCUUCCAUUAGAAUUUAUAUAUGGCUCUUUAUAGGUUGCUCUCCUAGAAAGAUAAUUAAUAAUACAAGACAUUUUUCUCUAGAAUUUUCUCUUCUGCUAUGCCUAAAACUUAAAGCAUUAUAUACUGAGCCACCUAGAACUUAAUGUCCGUCAUACUUUAAAGAACAGAGUUGUAAAAUGUUUCUAAAAUAGAGAUGCAGAUCUUACUGCCUUAGAAAAAUAAAUGCUAGAUACAUUGCAACAUUAAGUGUAUAUAAAUUCUGGUAAAUAAUAGCCUUCUUAAUUUGACUAACUUACUUCUUUUAAUUUUUUUUUUUAAGAGGCAGGGUCUUGUUCUGUUGCCUAGGCUGGAGUACAGAGGCAGAAUCAUAGUUUACUACAAUCUUAAACUCCUGGGCUCAAGCAAUACCGCCUCAGCCCCUUAAGUAGCUGGGACUACAGGGCUUGCACCACCAUGAUGACUAACUGUUUAAAAUUAUUUUUUAUAUAGAUAGGGUGUUGUUGUCCAGGCUGGUCUCAAACUCUGGUCUCAAGUGAUUAUCCUGCCUUGCCCUCCCAAAGCACUGGGAUUACAGGCAUGAGUCACUGUGCUCCGUGCUAAAAUUUUUUUGAAAUAGCUUUUGACUCAUAAAAGUUGCAGCAAUAUUACAGAGUUCCUGUUUACCUGUCACUUAGUUAUUUCUCUAUGAUAACACUUUAUUUAACUAGAGUAUUUUAUCAAGACAAUUAACUUUGGUGUACUACUAUUAACUAAACUACAGACCUAAUUUGGAUUUUACCAGUUUUAUGUCUUAUUUUAAUUUAUAAACUUUAAAACAUCUUUGUUUUUUAUUUUUUAAGAGCAGUUUUAGGUUCAUAGCAAAAUUGAGCAGAAAGUAAAGCAUUCCAUAUACUCAACUGUUUCUCCUUUGCCCUCCAGAACCAUCCCUACUAUCAGCAUUUCCCUCCAUAGUUGGUACAUUGGUUGCAAUUAAUGAACCUACAUCAACAUAUUACCCAAAGCCCAUGGCUUACAUUAGGGUUUAUUCUUGGUGUUAUAUAUUCUGUGGGUUUGGACAAAUGUAUGAUAUUUAUCUGCCAUUGUUUUGACUGCCUUAAAAAUUCCCUGUUCUGCCUGUUCAUCCCCUCCAUCCCUGUCAAGUAAUCGUUUUACUAUAUUCAUAAUUUUGCAUUUUCUAGAAUGUUAUAUACUUGGAAUCAUAUAGCAUGUAGCCUUUUCAGAUGGGCUUCAUUCACUUUUCACCUAGUAAUAUAUAUUUAAGUUUCCUCCAUGACUUUUCAUGGCUUGAUCACUCAUUUCUUUUUAGUGCUGAAUAAUAUUCCAUCAUCUGAUGUAAAACAGUUUACCCACUAACCUACUGAAAGAUGUCUUGGUUGUUUUGAGGUUUUGGCAAUUAUGAAUAAAGUUCCUAUAAACAUUCA